UUGUGCUUCAACAACAUCAGCAGAGCCAGAAAGUUCCCCACACCUACUCUAGAGGUCAGUUUCUAUUGCUGUUCAUCCUUCUUUAGUUGUCAUUUUUUAAAAAGACAUAUAGGUAAUCUACUCCCCUCCACAAGAUUCUCAAGUCUUGUUUUAUAUCUUUGGCUAACGAGUCCCAAAGCCAUAGUUUUCUUGAUCAAUCAUCAUUGCAGCUUGCUCAAGUACUUUUAAUUGCUCACAGAGCUUUCUCAGUAAAUCAAUUUUUUUUAAAAAGGCUUCCAUGAGUCCUUGCUCUAUGUAAUACCUACAAAUAAUAGAGGCUCCCUUCAGCUCAAUGCUACAGCAAUUGCCAAGGCAUGUGUGCAAAAUGCUACUCUCCCAAGUUUUGGGAGGGUUAGGACUGGAAGCAUCGCCCCAAGUCUGUGGUUGGCAAGAGGGAAAGAGCCAGUGUCUUGAGCUGAUGACAGAAGACAGAGGAAUGGAAUUCUGAAAGCACAACUCGGAAUGCAAGAUGGAACGGAAUGACCAACAUUAGCUGAUCCCUGCAUGACUCCUGCAGCCUGGGCAACCGGCCACUGAGGAAGACUACUGGGGCAGCAUCCCCUGGGGCUGCCAGGCCACUGCUGUUCCACCUGACUACUUCCUGAUUACCUGCCCCAAGUGAACGCCACCUCUGGAGGUGCCAAGGACCACCCGCUCAACUAUCACCAAAUGCCAGAAAAUAAGAAUGAAGAGGCAGCUCAGCGACAUGGCAAUGAGGAGGAGGAGGAGGAGGGAAAGAAAGAAAUGGGCAAGAAAACCUGGGGCGAUAUGGCCAAGGGUAUGAAAACCUUCCUUUGGAAUCCUGAGACAAGGCAGUUCAUGGGCAGAACAGCUCACAGCUGGGGCCUGAUACUCUUAUUUUACCUCGUUUUGUACUUGUUCCUGGCUGGGAUGUUUGCAUUUUGCAUGUAUAUGAUGUUAAUGACUCUGAGCCCCUAUACACCGAAGCACAGGGACAGAGUUGCUCCACCAGGAGUUAUGAUUAGACCACACAUUAGCAGCUCAGUCAACAUUGCGUUCAAACCCGCUGACGCCAAUUCGUGGCAGAAUUAUGUGGAUAACCUGCAUGCGUUCCUAGAAGAUUAUGAUGACAAAGUUCAAGAACAGAAGAACAUUAAAUGCAAUGAAGGCAAUUAUUUCAUCCAAGACGGUGAAGAAAGUGGCCCGAAAAAAGCUUGCCAAUUCAAGCGAUCCACAUUAAAUGCUUGUUCUGGAAUAGAUGAUCCAUCGUUUGGCUAUUCAACAGGACAACCUUGCAUCUUGCUGAAGAUGAAUAGAAUUGUAGGUUAUAAGCCUGGUUAUGGGAAUCCAGUGACUGUGAGCUGCAAUGUACACAAAGGUGAUGUGGCAGAUAUCAAGACAGUGGCUUUCUACCCAUCUUCAACAUUUGAUCCCAUGUACUUCCCUUACUACGGCAAGCACACACAUGUAAAUUAUACACAACCAUUGGUGGGCAUUCAUUUUUCGGACGUGGCAAAGGACAAAGAGAUAAAUGUUCAGUGCCAACUGAACGGCAAGGGUAUCAUCAACAACUUCAACAGUGACCGGUUUCUGGGGCGAGUAGUCUUCAUGCUGAAAAUCACAACAUAGGCCAGAGCAGCAUUUGCUAUCGCUCUUCCAAUGGCAAGCAAAUCUUUCUCACCAUGGAGGAGGGAAAAGAAGAAGAAAUAGGCCAUUCGCACACACUAGGAAAAUUCAAACCUGAUUUGGGGGGGUUAUUUGGCUUUCAUAGCAAACAAAAAGAAAUAUGGAUAACUCAAAUCUAAAUCUAAGUAUAGGUGACAUAUUUUAAAACAUCCAUCCUACGAGCAAAUGAACACAUGUCAUGUUAGAAAACUUUUAUUAAAACAUAAACACACACAAUGUAUUUAUGUUAGAUUUUUCACUGGCACAUCAACAAGUGUGGUAUUUGGUAUGAAGCAGGCAAUUUGGACUCUAAAAGGAACCAUUGCUAUUGUCACUCACCCCCCACCCUCACUGGGCCCAGGCAGAUGCAAAUCAGCUGCUCAUCAAUUAACAAACACCCCAAGGUUAAUAUGUUGUAUGUGCACUUGAACUUGAGCAAGGGAGUCUGGAGAUUAUAUAAACCCCGGAAAUCUCCUCUCUGGAUAGUUGUGUGUGUAUUAGAUUAUUAAAAAGGCACAUGCUCCAAGACUCGCUGCUCAAAUGGAAUAUUCCAUGUCCACAACUCCUCUGUUUGAGGCAGACAGUUCACACACACCAAUUUAGAAGUUAGAAAGCAUAAAUGUCAUGUUGAUGACUAUUGGCCUAUCUACUGAGACCUCCUGGCUCUGAUCUAGAACAGGAGAAAUACAGCAUGUUGGUUGCCUUUUGCUUUUCAAGCUCCGUUCUAAGUAGUGGCAAUGACCUCUAAACAGCUCUGGGCCCACCCUAGCCAAGAGGUCAUUUCCACCCCUGCAUUUGCCUACAGAGAGAAUGCUCUCAUUUAGCUUACUGUUUCUGUGCACUGUAAACACAAAGUGUACAUAGAAAUAAAUUAUCUGGGUCUGCCACUUGGCUCUGGUGUUCCCAUCCCCUGGCAGCUCAUUGUAGCCCAAGCCAACAUGCUUUCUGUUAGUGCUGUAACACUGAUUUUUUUAUCCAUUUUGGCUGUGAGCAGCAAGGGCCAGGGCCAGGUGGUAGGUUUAAUCAGUGUACUGGGAGUUUUGUUAUGAAUGUAUUUUCACUUCGACCCCACACUCUUUGGAAAGGGUGGACUAUAAAUCAAAAUGAAUUAGUAAAAAUCUUCAUAAUGUGCACUGA